AUGAAGGGUUCCCAAGGUGCAGACGGCUUGAAGUACUGGCACCAAUUUGUCCAGCGGUUCUUCUCACAAAAAGGCGUCUUCCGUCAGACGUUCAAGAAGGGUGAAGAUGACGCUGCCGAUCCCAAGCCUUACGAGAUUGACUAUGCAGCCUUGCCGCGAUUCUUCAAUGUGCAUUUCGAAAGUGGCGUAUCAAAAAUGCAGCUGGUCAUGCAGGGGACGACAGACAGGUCGUUGCCCCAUGACGGCCAUUUCGUUGAAAUCGCCAAGGCGAGUGUCUUCUACUGGUUUGACCAGGGAUCGCAUGUCGUUCACAACGGAACCCUCCGGAUCCAGUUCGACAGCGACCAAAAUAUCGAGCUUUUCGAUUUUGUCGUUGAGAAUUUCGAGGAGUACCAUUCGCGGCGCGCGAUUAUCGAAGCUGCUCGGCCCUCGCAUACUUGGAUCAAGGAGUGGAGAUCCCUGAAUCCGCCCGACAGCAAGCAGUCUCCAGAGAUGAGCAAAAAGGGCAAGCAGAGGCCGUAUAAGAGCCCAGCCACACCGCCGCCUGAUAUUGCGCUCCCGGACUCUUGCGUGAAAAUGGGCAUGGGAAUUCCAGAAGGCGUGUUUCAGUUCCUGGAGAUGGCCGAUAUCAUAGGCCAAAUGAACCCCUUAUUCACUUUCUCCCACGGCCAUCCCGGAAUUUCUCCGUAUAUUGCUCUUGAGCAGUAUAUGACCCAGAUCGGGGGUCAAGCUCCCAAUGUCAACGUCCAGGCGAUGCCGCAAGGAGUCCCAAGGACGCCUGGCUAUAACCAGUUCCCAAUGGGUGCCAGUCCAGCAAUGGCAAACCAGAUGCUUCCUGGGUCUCCUCAUAUGGGCAGCCCGGCUCCCGGCCAGAUGCAAGCGCCUGCCAUGCAGCUUCAAGUCAGCCAGCAAGGCACCAACUCCAGUGGGCCGAGCGCAAAUACUUCUCCUCAGCAAAACAACAAGAAGAGGAGAGCCUCCCAGGCGAAGCUCGAAGAUGAUGGUCCGACCUCGGCCCCGACACCGGCGACUAUCGGUACACCUCAGAUGCCGCAGAUGAACGGCGUCCAGGUGAAGGCUAAGCAUCCUCCAACGCCGAGGAUGCAGAAACGCAUGAAGAACAACCAAGGAUAG